UACCAUUGAAACAUAUGCUGCAUACCAAGGUGCUCUGCAGGAUUUAGAUAUAUUUGGCGAGACAGUUAUGCACGUGCCUUUCUCUGGUAUUACCAGCGCCUCUCAAAUUACCCGGCAAGCACAGAACCAUCUCCACAGGAAGCAAGCAUACACAGAUCACCUUUCCCCACGGCUCAGAGAAGAAUUAAAGACUUUGGCAUAGCCAAAGCGAGGCUGACGCGUCGACGAGGCUGCAGUCAAUCCCUCCGCCCGUGCCUGAGUCCAUACUGGCCCUCACCAUGGUGAGCCCAGUCCGCGUGGGCACCCUGCUUCUGGCCCUGCUUACCGUGCUGCUCCGACUCCAUGCCGAAGCCUUCUACAUCCAAAUCGAUGCCCAUGGGGAGGAGUGCUUUUUCGAGCAAGGCAUGACGGGAGCCACGAUGGUCCUCAGCUUCGACGUGACGCGGGGCGGCUUCCUGGACAUCGACGUGUACAUCGCUGGCCCUGACAACGAGGCCAUCUUCCAGCGGGUCCGUGAGACAAGUGGCCGCUAUUCUUUCUCAGCCUACCAGGACGGCUUCUACAAGUUUUGCUUCAGCAACCGCAUGUCCACCGUGACGCCCAAGAUAGUUAUGUUCACGAUCGACGUGAGCCUGGCCCCCAGUGCUGGCCUCUCCCAGGCCGAGGAGGACGAGCCCCACUCCAAGCUGGAGGCGAUGAUCAAGCAGCUGGCAGACGCCAUUACGGCAGUCAAGCACGAGCAGGAGCACAUGGAGGUACGAGAGAAGAUCCAUAGGACCAUCAAUGAGGAUACCAACCGCAGGGUGGUCCUGUGGUCCUUCUUCGAGGCUGCUGUCCUGCUGGCCAUGACCUUUGGCCAGAUCUACUACCUGAAAAGCUUCCUCGAAGGCCGGACAAUGAGAAUACGUGUAGGCAGUAUGGUUUAACAGUGGAAGAGACCACACAAGAGGACCCUGAAAUGAGGCAUAUGUGAAUUUUAUCUUCUUUAGAAAAUUACUUCUUGGUUUCUGAAGAUGAAUUUCAAAUCAAAACAUCUGUUUGCAGUGUGGAACUGAUUCAAGGAUCCUAUUGCAACUAAUAUGUUUUAUUUGUGCUUUCAUAUUCCAAGUCAAAAAUUAAUGAGCUUCACACAAAAUACU